AGGAGGUGAGGGUGGGGGGGAACAUGGGGAAUAUAUUCACCCCCUUCCCUGCCCCACGGAAAGGGGCUCGCUGGGCCGAAGGACUCUCCAACCCGGGUAGCUUCGAUGAACUUCACCGCAAAUGCAAAGAUGUUUUUCCUCAACAAAUGGAAGGCGUCAAGCUGAUAAUUAAUAAAUCUCUGAGUAGCCAUUUUCAGGUAUCGCACACCGUUCACCUGAGCACCAUCGGACACUCAGGUUACCAUCUGAACACGACCUAUGUGGGAGAUCAGCAGCUUAGUCCCACAGAGAUUUUUCCCACCCUUAUUGGCGAUAUUAGCAACGUCGGGAGCCUCAGUGCCCAAAUUCUCCAUCUGAUAACAGAGCGGAUACGGACCAAAGCAAUUUUCCAGACUCAACAGGCCAAAUUCACAACUUGGCAAUUUGAUGCUGAAUAUCGUGGGGAGGACUACACCGCCACCUUGACUCUGGGGAACCCCGAUUUGAUCAGCCAAUCGGUUAUUGUUGUUGCGCACUUCCUCCAGAGCAUGACAUCACGGUUGGUCCUAGGGGGUGAAUUAGUGUAUCACCGACGUGCCGGAGAAGAAGGAACCAUCGUCACUCUGGCUGGCAAGUACACCGCUCUGAAAUGGAUAGCCACCCUAAAUUUAGGAUUCGGAGGAGCCCAUGCUAGUUACUACCACCGGGCUAAUGACCAGAUUCAGCUGGGGGUGGAAUUUGAGGCUAACACUCGGCUUCAGGACACAAGUUUUGCCUUUGGCUAUCAGCUCACGCUGCCCGAAGCCAACAUGACCUUCAAGGGCCUUCUGGACAGUAACUGGCGCGUGGGGGCAGUUCUGGAGAAGAAAAUCCCCCCCUUGCCCGUGACCUUAGCGCUGGGCGCCUUCCUCAACCAUUGGAAACACCGGUUCCAUUGUGGGUUCAGCAUCAUUGUGGGUUGAGUGCCUGCACACCGGCCUGGCUCUGUUACAAAGGCGGGGCGGUUGGGCUUGAAAAGUGGGGGGGGAUCGCUCGGUUUGAGCGUUGCACCCCUGGAUGAUGGGCGCGAGGGCAUGGGUGCCCGUGCAGGGCAGAUGCGUGGCGAUGCCACGACCGCCUCCGUGGGCCUGUGCACAAUUCCUGCCCGGAAGGAAACCACACCCCUGGUGCCAGGGUGCCCGUUUCUUCCCCGGAACUCCGAUUUCGGUUGGCUUAGGGCAAAGUUCAAGCCGGGCACAGGAUUUUGGGUUGGGUGGUCGCAAAGCUUCCUUCGUUCGGUGGCCUUUCGACCGUUCUGAUCACCGGAUUCCCCGGCGAGGAAUCGGCGUCAUUUUGUGUGGGUGACAUGGGGGGGUCCUGAAAUUCGGAAGACCCCUCCCAACUCAGCGGCUGUGUCUCGGGAGCAUUUGUGCUAUCCGGCUUCUUCAGGGCAGGGACCAAAAAGCCGAAUUACGACUUCUGUGCAAUGGUGAGUCUUAAUACGAUUAAAAUCAUGCGACUGGG